CCGGAAGCAGAAUAUGGAUUUGUUUUGAGUUUGAUCAGCUAUCUACCUAGCCAGUUGUAGUUGUAGUAGAUGUAUCGUGUCAGGAUAUAACGUACUGACACAAUUCAUGCAUACGAGAGUCGAAACGCUAAAUGUAUUUACUUAGUAAAGACUGACUAUUUUCCGUUUUAUUAUCAUCAUUCCGUUUCUGAAAUUGUGAUAUUUACGAUCAUCUGUCAACUUCAACCUGGCAGCACAUUUCAAGUAACGUUACUGUUAGCAAACUAGCUAACUAGCUAGCCGCGCAACGUCAACAUAUCCAUGGUCUCUCGAUAAUAUUUUGCCAUAUGAAGGUAUGUACCGUAACAAACGAUCGUUACAAAUGACAGGGGAAUCGUGAAACAUUUUCCGACUUAGUUGGGAUUGAAAGGUUCUUUCUGGGAGAAGGAUGGACUGCACGGCGCUGGAACUUGAUGCAGUGAAAUUCGCCAAAUCUGCUGUUUUGUUCGACCAAAAAGGAAAGUAUAAUGAAGCAGCGUUCUAUUACAAGGAAGCGGCCCAAGCACUCAUAUACGCUGGUAUGGCUGGAUCUAAGCUGGAAAACAUACAGGAUAAGGUGAACGAGUACCUGGACAGAGUGCAAGCUCUGCAUAAUGCAGUCCAAGCACAGAGCAGUGACCCCCUGAAGUCAAAGCACCAGCUGGAUCUGGAGCGGGCCUACUUCCUGGUCACGCAGGCCUUCGAGGAGGAUGAGAAGGAGAACACUGAUGAGGCCAUUGAGCUCUACACCCAGGCUGUGGAGCUCUGUAUCCAAGCGUCCAGUGAGACAUCUGACCAGGCUCUACAGGCUAAACUGAAGCAGCUGGCUCGACAGGCGCUAGAGAGAGCAGAGGGGCUGAAAGAGGCCCUCACCAAAGUUGCUGCCCAGGAGAAGCCCUCCUCAGCUGCCCCCAAACCUAGUGGUCCGGUGAGGCAGUUUCUGCCCCUGGGCCCAGACUUCUCCCUGCACGACCGGCCGCAGCCAGUGAGAGCAGUCCAGUCCAGUGAGCCUCAGGGGCAGCGCUACACUUCAGAGGAGAUAGAGGUGCUGAGGAGCACCUCCAAGAUCAAUGGGAUCGCGUAUGUGCCAUUUAUGAGUGUGGACCUGAGGGAGCGCUUUGCCUUUCCUGUUCCUUUCUCGGAUAAGUGCGGUAAACUGGCUUUGUCACCCAAGCAGUCUGCUAUCUUUUCUCGCUGGGUUCGUCCAGAUGAAAUGUGCAACAACCCCACCAUGAUAUUCACUGUGUCCAGUUUCAGUAUCAAACAGACGGUAGUGUCUGACUGUUCAUUUGUGGCCUCAUUGGCCAUCAGUGCAGCUUAUGAAAGACGCUACAACAAGAAACUCAUCACAAGCAUCAUCUACCCUCAGAACAGGAAAGGACAGCCAGAGUAUAAUCCGUGUGGGAAGUACAUGGUGAAGCUGCACAUAAACGGUGUGCCUAGAAAGGUCAUCAUUGAUGACUACCUGCCAGUGGACCGUCAUGGAGAGCUGCUGUGCUCCUACUCCAGCAAUAGGAAUGAGCUGUGGGUCUCCCUCAUAGAGAAGGCCUACAUGAAGGUCAUGGGAGGAUACGACUUCCCCGGCUCCAACUCUAAUAUUGAUCUGCACGCGCUCACUGGCUGGAUUCCAGAGCGCAUGGCCAUGCAUUCAGACAAUCAGUCCUUCAGCAAGGAUGACACAUUCCGCAUGCUGUUUCAGAGGUUUCAUAGAGGUGAUGUCCUCAUCACCACGGCAACUGGGGUGAUGACGGAGGAAGAGGGGGAUAAGUGGGGAUUGGUACCCACUCAUGCCUACGCUGUUCUAGAGAUCAGGGAAUACAAGGGAAAACGGUUCCUGCAACUCAAGAACCCAUGGAGCCACCUCAGGUGGAAAGGCCGCUACAGCGAAAGGGACGAGAAGAACUGGACCCCCGACCUCCUCAAGUACCUCAACUUUGACCCCAAAAUGGCACAGAAGUUUGACAAUGGUGUGUUCUGGAUUAUAUGGGAGGAUCUGUGUCAGUAUUACGAUGUCAUCUACAUGAGCUGGAACCCUGCGCUCUUUAAGGAGUCUUCAUGCAUUCACAGUAGCUGGGAUGCAAAGCAGGGUCCAGUGAAGGAUGCCUACAGCCUCGCCAACAACCCGCAAUACAAACUGGAGGUCCAGUGUCCACAAGGGGGAGCUCCAGUGUGGGUGCUGCUCACCAGACACAUCACAGACAAGGAUGACUUUGCGCAGAAUCGGGAGUUCAUUACCUUAGUAGUUUACAAGACGGAUGGAAAGAAGGUGUAUUACCCUUCGGACCCGCCUCCCUUUAUUGAUGGCAUCCGCAUCAACAGUCCUCACUAUCUGACCAAGAUCAAGCUGACCAAUCCUGGCACUCACACCUUUACACUGGUGGUAUCCCAAUACGAGAAGCAGAACACUAUCAACUACACGCUACGCGUGUACUCUGUGUGCAAGUUUAAUUUCUCCAAAAUCCCAACGCCCUUCACGAACACCAAAAGGCUCAACGGCCAAUGGAAGGGGAUCAGCGCGGGAGGCUGUGGGAACUACAAGGAGUCGUACAAGCACAACCCCAUCUACCAGUUCAAUGUGGACAAGGCCGGACCACUGCUCAUAGAGCUGAGAGGGUCCAGGCAGUACAGCGUGGGCUUUGAGGUCCUGACCGUGUCUACUGUCGGAGAGCCGGGACCCGCAGGCUUCCAGCGCAAGAGCAGUGGAGACUACCGGUGUGGUUUCUGUUACCUGGAGCUGGAGCACGUCCCUGCUGGCCUCUAUAACGUCAUCCCCACCACCUUCCUUGCCAAGCAGGAGGGCCCUUUCUUCCUGGAUUUCAGCAGCGCCACACCGCUCCGGGUGUCCCAGCUGCAGUGAGGGACGAGAGGGGGAUUCGAGAAUCCACGGCUGGGUAAAGACAUCUCCAGAUGUCACCUCAAACGGGUGUCUUCCCUUCCUCGUGUGACUGUUAAAAAAUGGUAUGGCCAUUUACUCAAGAUUGAUAUGGACUGAAACUGAGGACAUGAAGAUGAUUCGGUUGGAGGCUGCCUCUUUCAUCAUGACCUGUGAUGUGAGCUUGCCUAUCUCAACAAUUACUUUUUUAUGAACAGAUGAGGCCUCCUUUGACAUCCUUUGGUCAGCCUUGCGGCAAACUAUUUAUUCAGUUGUGGGUGCACACACACACAUACACACACAUACACACACAUACACACACAGGCACACACACACACAUACACACACAUACACACACACACACAUACACACACACAAGACUGCACUUUUGACAAGGAAAUAAAUGAAACCGUGUGAGAAACGAUGCGAUGAGCACUUGACCCAAACGACGACAAUGAUAUUUAUUCUCAGGAGACUGCAUCCUUGACAGGGAUGUCUUAUGUAAUCUUUUACGAUGAUGUCUUCUGGCCACCAGAGCAGCAACAGUGAGGGAUCAGACUGGCUGCCUGGUGCCUGUGAAGGGUGCACACUUCCUCUAAGGGCUUUACCACCUGACUCCUCUCACCGCACUGCACUAGGAGGCAGCCGUACGUCUGUUCUCUGACACCAAGGGGAGGAAGGGGGGGGGGGCACUCUGGUGCAUCCUCAAAUGCAUCCAUGUUCUGCAUCCAUGUUUCCGCUCGCUCAGCUCAUACAAUUCCUCUAGAUUUUAGACCUGCACACUUCUACGAGUACAGGAAUAUCUGUGGCAAAUUUUCCAUGAAGGUUUCAGAUAAAUCUAUUGCCAAAUAAGUAAUAUAUACAUAAGUGAAGCUAUACGAUAUUCUUCUGGUACUGUGUUGCAUAUUUGGCUUCAUCAGGCCUUUCAAGACGACUGUUUGUUUUGUGUGAAGGCUCAGCUAUGUGCAUCAUCAGCAAUACACACUGUACAUCACAAGCUGUUUUUGUCAGCCAGCAUAAAGCAAAUAUACACAGUUAUACCCUCCUGCCAAUGUUCCCUUAUUUUCUCAAGUUGAUCAUUGCAGUAUGUUCAUUAUUCACUAAACUAAGAAUAAAGAUGUUGUAUAUUAACUAACA